AUGGAUCCGGAAUGUGCAAAGGCCGGAUUCGCCGGAGAUGACGCUCCUCGAGCUGUCUUCCCCUCCAUCGUCGGCCGACCCCGUCAUCAGGGUGUCAUGGUCGGUAUGGGACAGAAGGACUCGUACGUAGGAGACGAGGCUCAGUCCAAGAGAGGUAUCCUCACCCUGAAAUACCCCAUUGAGCACGGUAUCGUCACCAACUGGGAUGAUAUGGAGAAGAUCUGGCACCACACCUUCUACAAUGAGCUUCGUGUUGCCCCAGAAGAGCACCCAGUCCUCUUGACUGAAGCUCCUCUUAACCCCCAAGGCCAACAGAGAAAAGAUGACCCAGAUCAUGUUCGAGACCUUCAACACCCCCGCCAUGUACGUCGCUAUCCAGGCUGUGCUCUCCCUGUACGCCUCCGGACGUACCACUGGAAUCGUAAUAACUUCGUGAAAUGUGUCACCCAGCAACUGUCCCCAUCUAUGAGGGUUAUGCCCUUCCCCACGCUAUUCUCCGUCUUGACCUUGCCGGACGUGAUCUUACUGACUACUUGA